AUGGCUACGGGCGCCUCGCAGGUGCCAUCCUGGAUGUCCGAUCAAGUAUUUCCUACGCUGUCCCGUGACCGGCCUCUAUCUUCAGAACCUAGGUUUCUAAGGAUCAAACCUACCGAUGGAUCUUCGCUGAAAGACGUGUCGCCUUUUCUGCUUACUAAAACGAUUGAAUCAUGUGCUGGAAAAAUGUUGCAAGCAUGGAUGAAUAACCGUGUUGGAGAAUUUUGUGUUCAAGUACAAAAUAGAACAUGUGAGAACAAACUUUUGAAGCUGACACGAGUGGAUACUGGAUCAUCCAACAUUCCAGUUCAAGUCAAAUCGUAUGAUAACCUGAAUCAGUCCAAAAUCGUAAUUUCAUGUCAACAACUGAUCGACUCAGAUGAAGAGGAAAUUCUUCAAGAAUUGAAGGAUCAAAAUGUGGUUGCGGUUUAUCGGAUAAAGAGGAAGGAGAAGGAAAACCUUGUGAACACUCCUGCUUUAGUUCUAACAGUAGACUCUAAAUGUCCCCCAGAGUAUAUAAAGCUAGGAUGGAUGAAAUGUAGAACGAGAAAAUAUUAUCCCAGACCUACAAGAUGUUUUACGUGUCUCCAAUUCGGUCACAUCUCUGCUGAAUGUAAAGCCGACAAGAUUUGCCAGAACUGUGCUGGACCGUUUCACGAAAAAUGUAAUCGACCUGCGAAAUGUGCUUGCUGUCAAGAAGAUCACCCAACGCUAAGCAACGAGUGCUCAAAAAUGAAAGAAGAACAACUAAUCGUUAAAGUAAAAGUUGAUCGAAUCAUAUCGUUCUUGGAAGCGCGUCGAAUUACGAAAGAACAGCAGAAGCAACCUGAAACAUAUGCUACAGCUACUAAAAAUAAUGACAACUCCAACUAUCUUAUGUUGCUCAAACGAAUGGAAAGAUUAGAGCAUAUUGUAUCGGAACAGUCACGACUGCUGGAAGAAAAGGACAGAAUAAUAGAAGAUCAGAAAACUACUAUAAAGAAUUUGAAAGAAGAACUCCAAAAAUUGAACACACCUACAACGACCAGAAGUCCAACUGAUGAUGCUUCAUCGAUCAACAUGAAACGGAAAGCUAUCUCAACAACAUCGGAUGAAAAACAGAACUUGUUAAAGAACAAGAAAAUUACAUCACAAGAAGAACUUGUCUACAUCCCUGAAACCGCUACAUCCGGGGAGAGUGUAUCUGACGACACUGCAGAGAUGUCCGAAGAUUUCCUGAGCGAAGAUGACCCGUUCGAGAAUGAUUUAUUUAAGGAAUCACCACCUAAAGGCAACGAAGUAGCUGUGCAUCAAAAGGCCUACCGAACAUUGGAAUCCGACGGACCGCAGGGGUCUACAAAUUCGACGUAA